AUGAGCAAGAAGCCAGAAAUCUUUCAAGGGCAGCAAGUUAUGGGGACCACACUUGUGUUUGGUUUCUGUGGGAUUCAAGCAUCAGCUAUCUCCAAAGAACAAAGAAUUUCCUUAACUUCUUGUGUGCUUCAUACAUGGUUUCUGUCUAUGAUUCGGGAUGACUUUAGAGGUGGAAAAAUUAACCUAGAAAAAACUCAGAAAUUACUUGAAAAACUAGAUGUUCGGUGCAGUAAUGUUCACGUGAAAUACAUUUUUAAGGCUAAUGACAGGCUGAAGCAAGGAAGAAUCACUAUAGAAGAAUUUAGAUCAAUUUAUCGAACUAUUGCGCACAGAAAAGAAAUUAGUGAGAUUUUCAACACGUAUUCUGAAAACCGAAAAGUUCUCUUUGAAAAAAAUCUGACUGCAUUUUUGAGGCAAGAACAGUAUACGUUUAACAUAAGCAAAACUACUAUUUCUGAGAUCAUUCAGAAAUAUGAACCUAUUCCAGAAGUUAGGCAAGCACAACAGAUGUCAUUUGAAGGCUUUACAAGAUACAUGGAUUCAUCUGAAUGUUUACUAUUUAACAACGAGUGUGAAAAAGUUUAUCAAGAUAUGAAUCAUCCAUUAAAUGAUUAUUUUAUUUCAAGUUCACAUAAUACAUACUUGAUAUCUGAUCAAUUAGUAGGACCAAGUGACCUUUGGGGAUAUGUAAGUGCCCUUGUAAAAGGAUGCCGUUGUCUGGAAAUUGACUGCUGGGAUGGAUCACAAAAUAAACCUAUUGUGUAUCAUGGGUAUACACUCACCAGCAGGCUUCUGUUUAAAACUGUUAUCCAAGCGAUACACAAAUAUGCAUUUGUGACGUCUGACUACCCAGUGGUGCUCUCAUUAGAAAAUCACUGCUCCGCUUCCCAGCAAGAAGUGAUGGCAGACAUUUUGCAGUCUGUUUUUGGAGAUACCUUGCUUUCUGAUAUGCUUGAUGAUUUUCCUGACAAACUACCUUCACCAGAGGCGUUAAAACUCAAAGUAUUAGUUAGAAACAAAAAAAUAGGAACCUUAAGGGAAACCCGUGAGAGGAGAGGCAGUGAUAAGCAUGGUCAGGUAGAGGAAUGUGAAGAGGAGGAGACAGAUCAAGAGGAUGAGGAGGACGAAGUCAAGGAAUCAGAAGCGGCAGGUAUUUUAAAAGAAGGUCCAGACCAGGAAACAGAGAAGAAAAGGGUCGUCGGAUUACCGCUUUUCAAGAAAAGAAGGGUAAAAGUGGCUAUGGCCCUAUCUGAUCUUGUCAUUUACACGAAAGCCGAGAAGUUCAGAAGCUUUCACCGUUCAAGAAUGCACCAGCAAUUUAAUGAAACUAAUUCUAUUGGGGAGACAAAAGCCCGAAAACUUUCCAAGUUGAAAGCCCAUGAUUUUAUUCUUCACACCAGGAAGUUCAUUACUAGGAUAUAUCCUAAAGGAACAAGAACAGACUCUUCUAAUUUUAAUCCUCAAGAAUUUUGGAAUUUAGGUUGUCAAAUGGUGGCCUUAAAUUUCCAGACUGCUGGUAUGCCUAUGGACCUUCAAAAUGGAAAAUUUUUAGACAAUGGUGGUUCUGGAUAUAUUUUGAAACCACAAUUCCUAAGAGAUGAUAAAUCAAACUUUAAUCCAAAUACAGCACUGGUAGACAGUAAUCCAGUUGUACUUACAAUAAGGCUCAUCAGUGGUGUCCAGUUGCCUCCCAGCAGCCAUUCAUCCUCCAACAAAGCUGACAGUUCAGUGACGGUAGAAAUUUUUGGCGUUCCAAAUGAUCAAGUGAAACAGCAGACUCGUGUAAUUAAAAGAAAUGCUUUUGGUCCAAGAUGGAAUGAAGCAUUUACAUUUAUUAUUCAGGUUCCAGAAUUGGCACUGAUACGUUUUGUUGUUGAAAAUCAAAGUUUAAUAGCUGGAAAUGAAUUUCUCGGGCAAUAUACUUUACCAGUUCUAUGUAUGAACAAAGGUUACCGUCGUAUCCCUCUGUUUUCCAGAAUGGGUGAGAGUCUUGAGCCUGCCUCGCUGUUCGUUUAUGUUUGGUACAUCAGAGCAACUAAUGGUGCUUGACACAAUGUUAGCUAUACAUCACA